UGCAUCUUAGUCUAUACACUCUCCUCUCUCCCUCUCCAAAUUACCCGCUCUCGCGCGUUGCAAGAUGUCUGACUGGGAAGCGUCCGACGACGAUGUGCCCAAGGCCGCCGCCGCACCCGCUGCCCCCGCCCCGAAGAAGCCCGUCCGGAGCAAGUGGGAGGGUGAAGACGAGGAGGACGAUGGCCCCGUAAGCGACUGGGAGGCAGAGUCCUCGGAGGAGGAGGAAAAGCCAAAGGCGGCGCCCGUCGCGCCCCCGAAGAAGAAGGGCACGCUCAAGCAGAAGCUCGCAGAGAAGGAGGCCGCGAAGGCCGCGCGCGCGGCCGAGGGUGACGACGACGACGAGUACGACUCGGAUGCGGUGCUCGACCCGCGCGAGAAGGCGCGCCGCGACAAGGAGCGCGAGCUCGCGGCGGACCUGAACAACGCGGCAGAGCUCUUCGGCUCCGCAGCGCUGGGCGGCACGUCCUCGAAGGAGCUCGACUGGCUGAUCUCGGCGCAGCCGCGCACGAAGGAGGACUUCAUCGAGUUCUCGGACCGGCUCAUCGAAACGAUCGUGCGGCGGCACAUGGACAAGCCGCUGUACGCGACGUUCCUCGAGCACCACGCCCGCGCGCUCGCGGACCCGCUGCGCGACGUCGAGGUGCGCAAGGUCGCGAGCGCGCUCACCACGCUCUCGAACGAGAAGCAAAAGGAGCAGCGCGACAAGGCGUCCGGCAAGAAGAAGCCCAAGGCUACGGCGAAGCCCGCGCUCGGCGCUGCGAAGCCGUCUAGCAAGAUCGAUACGAAGAUAUACGACGAAGCCCUGGACGACUUCGGCGACGACAACUUCAUGUAGAACAUGUCCUUGUGUCAUACCCGCACACAGCUGUAGCGUAGCGCAUGUUGUAGUCUUACGUCGUAGUCAAACCAAAGAUGUAUUCUGACCUCCCC